AUGAUGAAGACUACAAUACCGAAGCGCUUCCUGACCCUACGUGACAGGGAUCGCCAUGGAGGCGCGCAUAGACGAAGCAAGUCGACGGAGCCUGGGUACAAGUCUCGUUCCUCCGCCGCCGAUACCCUCUUGUCCAUGUUUAAUAGGGAUCGUUCAGGAAACAAUUCUGCCAAGGCAAAGGAGGAGGAGGAGGAGAAGGAACAUGUAAAGAUGGAGGAGCUUAUGAACUGGGUUGAAGAGGAGAGCAUAGAGGUCACGCUGGACCAAGUUCGCAAUGCGCUCGCGUCCAACUACGCCUCCGGCAACGUCGCUGCAGCCAAGGAGCUCCUCAGGUUUCAAUGCGAGGCUGUCGAUGGUACGAUACGGUCGUACGACCCGGACGUCGCGAUGCUUGGCGCCGAGAAUCGAGGGGCAGUUACGUGCUACCUGGAUUCGCUACUGUUUGCCAUGUUUGCCAAGAUGGAGGCUUUCGAAUGCAUGCUCACUCGACGCGAGUAUCCCAACGAAGCACAACAGAAGCUGGCGGUGCUCCUGAGACUCUGGGUGAAUCUUUUACGGAGCGGGAAGCUGAUACGGGCGGAGAUGGUCGAAGAUGUACAGGAUGCACUGGCUGCAUGCGGCUGGGCGGAUGCGAAGCUUCUCGAGCAACAAGACACAUCGGAGGCGUUUGCAUUCAUUACGGAAACAUUACAACUGCCAUUACUGACCUUACAGGUUGAUCUGUUCCACCAGGGCAAAGGCGACGCAGAUGAUCACAAGGUCGUGUUUGAGAGGCUAUUGAAUCUCGCAGUCCCGGCUGACCCCGAAGGCAAAGGGGUGAAGCUAGAAGACUGCUUGGAGGAAUAUUUCAACACUCGUGUCGACGUUCUGCGGGACAGGCCAGAUGACAAGAAAGGCUUCGAUGUCAAGUGGGAGGAAGAGUCCAGCUGCCGGACGGAAAGUCCCGUCGAUAUGCCAACCCCUAAAAGGGGCAACACACUAGGUCCACACAAUACGAUUAGGCUCGUGACAGACCACGACGAGGAUGAUGGAGGUCAACAAGACGAAGACAAGCUCGGCGAGAUCACACCAUUGCAGCGGCGCUGGUCUAACCUAGAGGACGCGGGAGGGUCCUCAUCAGCGACGCCAACCACAGAGCGGCCCGUGACGCGGCCCUCUGCUCGGCUACGUUCCACCAGCAUAAUACAACGUGUUGUGCUGGAUGCUCAGGGAAACCCUACGGAUGCGGAUGCUUCAACAUUAUUACAAAAGGUCAAGAGACAGGGGUCAACUGUUGUAAAGGCAGUGACAAUACCGGCGUGGCAGUUCUUCAAGUUGAUACCCUGGCACUCUGCCGGUAAGGACGAGCCACUCAAUGAUACCGACGUCGCAAAGCACCUCAACAACCGCCCCGUGGUGGGCAUCUGUCUAAAGAGGUACAUGAUGACAGAAACAGGUCAGCCUCGCAGACAAAAUACAUUCAUCGACAUCCCCGAUAGCAUGAGGCUGCCGCACUUUAUGUUGGUCAAUGAUGCUACCGUUGAGGAAUCUAGUGGCCUCAGCGCAGAGUUCAAGCUGGUGCUGCAGUCGGUCGUGUGCCAUCGCGGCGACUCAUUACAUAGCGGACAUUACGUUGCGUUUUCCAGGGUGGCACCCAAGCUUCUGACGGACAACCGGCGACACGAUGCAGAUCCUCCACCAGACUACGAAGAUGCGCAAUGGGUCAAAUUUGACGACCUGUUGGAUGAAAGAGUCACAUAUGUGGACGACAUCAAACAGUCGCUCAAGGACGAGAUGCCCUACCUUCUGUUCUACCAGAUUGUACCCAUGGUGGAUUACUCGUCGGCGACGACAGGGCAGACGACGGUGGUGAUGGACGACCAAGUUAAAGGAGCGGUGAUGCCACCUUCUUACAACGAUUCGACUGUCAACUUUGCGGCGACGACUGCAUCAUCGUACUCGCCGACCUCUGACAGUGAACGACCCGAUAAUUCUAGACGGACGAGUGGGUAUUUCGAUACGACCACGACGGCAACUUCGACGACUGGACCCAGCAUAGGGUUCUAUACGGACCUCGAUCGACCGCCUCGGCCGAGUAUGGACAUUGAAUCCCUCGGGAACAGCAGCGCUUUUGGAGAUACUUAUCUCAAGCUUAGCACAUCUCGGCGCGGCAGCAUGCCCUUCUCAGACGCAUCCGGGAUCUUAGCCAGCGACGCCUCGCAACCCCCGCAGCAACAGUCACCGGCCGUUACACCCUCCGAAGGACGACUGGCCAAGGCAGCGGCAAUGUUCAAACCGAAAGACAGGGACAAGGACCGAGAGCGGGAAAGGGAAAGGGACCCCAAGGAGCAUGGGGAAAGGCGAGGCAGCCGACCGGCCAGCCAGGCGGGCGAGGGACGCAUGAGCCUUACCAUGUCAAGGCUGGGCGGAUUGAUGUUGCGCACCAGCAAAGAGCCCCUUCGUGAGAUGUCAGUGGUGCCGUCCGGCGAGCAAGAAGCAUACGAGGACCAGCUACCCUCGUCACAACACCUCGAGAUGCAGCCAACCCAGCAACAGCAGGCGGCAGACGGGACAUGCAAGGAAAGUUGCAGCGGGCGGAAGGAUAGCAAGGAUAAAGGAAGGGGAAAGCAUCAUCAUCAUAUGUACCGCAAAAGCGUGGGUGGCGAGCCGGAGCGGGAGUGCGUUGUCAUGUAG